AUGUCCAUCGAGCUGGAGCAUGCAAUUGGCUGCAACGUCGAAUUCAAGCGGAUUUGCCAUCUCCAUCCGAAUGGGAAGGAUUAUGUGAAGGCAGUCGGUGGCGUCAUCAUCAUUGGAGACCUGGAAGAUCCCCACGAGCAGGUGUUUUGCCAGGGCCACGAUGACUUCAUCACCUGCCUCACAGUCUCACACAAUGGCCAGAUGCUGGCGUCGGGACAGCAGGGCCAAAAUGCCGAUGUUCUCCUUUGGAGCUUCGAAACCAAGUCGCAGCUCGCCUGCUUCCAGGAGCAGGAUCACGGCAUCGAUGCGCUUGCCUUCUCGCACGACGACCGGUUUUUGAUCUCCUGCGGAGACAUUGUCGACCAGCGUGUCUUCGUCUAUGACACCAGCAGCCGUCUCAUUAUGGCCUGGGCCCAGCUGUCUCCGAAGCCUUCGAUCUGCGUCAUUGCAGGUGGCAUGGUGCGGGACAUCAAGCGCCGGGAUACGCAGGAGUACCAGUUCGCGUCCUGUGGAGGCAAGAACAUCUCCAUGUGGCACCUGGACCACGUGCGAGGCGAGCUCGCGGCGCAUCAGGUAGGGAACGCCUUCAAGCAGGUUCGCGAAUACGUCUGCCUAGCCUACACGCAGGACUAUGAGUAUCUCCUGGCAGGGACCACCACGGGUGAUGUCGCGGUGAUCCUCAUGAAAAACAGAGUGGUGCAGAACUUCUUGGCAGUCUGCGGCGGUGGUGUAGCAAACCUUGUGUGCACGCCGGUGGCAAGUGGAACACGCUUUGUAGUGGUGGGCGGCGACGGCACUGUCACUGUCAUUGCGGGGUCCUCGCCGCUGGACCUGAGGGAGGAGAGACAGGUUCGGCUCGACGGGCCACUGACGUCCCUCUCGCUGGCGCCGGACGCUGCGGAGGUUUUGGCUGUGUCGACCUUGGGUACUUCCUACCUGAUACGAUCCAAGGACUUGUCCAUUCGGCCGCACAGCCAGGUUUCACCGGGAGCUUUGUAUGAUGUGGCCUACCUGGCGGGUAUCUCGGAUCACUUCCUCACCUGCUCCGGUGAUGGUCUCGUAGCGCUCUGGGACGCCAACGACUACACGGCGAAGCUCCGAUGCGGCGUGGGCGCUCCAGGGCGAGCCCAUCCCUUGGCGGCGUGUGGAACAGAGGACAUCAUCGUGGCCGGAGCUACCGACGGCCGCCUCUUCUGCUGGGAUUGCAACAUGGGACAGAACCUGUGGCACAUCGACAAUGCUCACAAGGGCGGAGCUACGUCGGCCUUGUGUGUUGCAGCCUGCCGUGCCGAGGAAAUCCGCGUGUGGGAGCUGAAGACGUGCGGUGCCCAAGACCGGAAGCAGAUCAAGAAGGAGAAAGAGAAGAAGCAGCAGAAGAGAAAGCGCAAGCAAGAUCCUGACAUCGAAGAGAAUGCGAACCCUUUGGCCGGCCUACGGAAAUGGCAGAAAAAGGCCCUUCGCGCAGAAGAGAAAGAUCAGAAGGAGGCAGCACAAGCGCGAAAGACUGCGGCGGCAGUGAAGGCGGAGCAGAAGAAGGUUCCGCCGCCUCUCGAAGAUGCUGCGCCCAGCGAGGGUGCGAAGACACCGGCUGCAAAGAAGGAGCUUCGCAUGCGCAAUGCGCAGCUCCGUCAAAACCGGAAGCUCUAUGAGGAGCCAGGCCGAAUCCUGCUGGUGGGCGAAGGUAACUUCAGCUUCGGCAGAGCACUCUGCCAAGUCCGAGGGUCAGGCGAGGGAAUCUACGCCACCGCCUUCGAUGGCGAAGCCUCGCUUAAGAGGAAGUAUGCAGAUGCCCCACAGAUGCGACAAGAAAUCGAGGAGGACUUCGGCUAA